AUGGCGUCCCAGCUUCCACACGUUUCCGAGACUGCGAGCAACCCUGUGACUGGCGUCGACCAGACUCUGCUCAUCGCUGACAAUUUACGUCUGAAAGAGUCCUGCGAUAUCAUGACGGGCGAAUGCCGCGACCUGCGCAACGAACUUGAAGAGGCCCGCAUUGCGCGGACCCAACUCCAAGCUGGUUAUGAUCGGCUCGCUGCUCUUCAUCGCGCUCAAGACCAAACCAAUGCUCGCCUUAGCACCCAAAUCUUCAAACUCGAGACCGAAGCGGUCCACCACGAAAAAACCUCCUCGGCCUUAGACCUGGAACUUGUGGCGCUCAAGACGCAACGCGACCGCUCCCUCACUCGUAUGACAAUGGCGAUUCGCGAGCUCGCAAGUAACAAGGCGCUUACCGCUCGAAAGGAUCGGGCUUUGACCGAGUUGGAUCGAGACCUGGUCGCUAUUCGGAUGCAAGCAUUGAGCGUGCGCGAUGCUCUCCAGAACCUGCUUGCCAAUAUCGGCUUGGCCGUUGCUGAGGACGAGGAUGACGAGGAGGAUGAUGUCGCUUCUUCAGAUCCGAUGGAACAUUAG